AUGGAAAGACAAGCAAAUAACAUGGGAAAAUACCAUGAUAAUCAUAGAACCACCAAACUUAUACCAAUAACGGAAAGUAUAAAACUUCAAGAAAACAAAAGCGACUUGGAGAGGAUCAAACAGUUAACUGAACAAUUUGAGAAGAUGACGGUCAAAAGCGAUGUGGGCAAUCUUACACAAUAUCGCACCACAGAUGAUGGUGAACUUGAAGAAGUAAUUUCCGAUGGAGAAUCGAGCCAUUCGCAUUAUUCAAAAGAUCAAUACUAUUAA